AUGGAGAAACAAAAUCUAAAGGAACUUUUUAGGGAAAUUUACAGAUCUCCUCCUUCCAACACUUCAACUCGAUCUAGGAGGCGUCACAAGAAGGUUGAACUUCCAGAGGGACUAUCAUCAUUCACCCAUAUUUACCAUAAUGAUUUUGUUGGCCGAAAACCAAAGAAGGUGAAGGAUGAUGAUGUGGCCAUUUGUUUCUGUAAAUGUGAUCCCGAUAACCCUGAAAGUGCUUGUGGAGAUGGGUGCUUGAAUGUCAUGACCAGCACAGAAUGUAUACGUGGGUACUGCCCAUGUCAGGACUAUUGCAAGAACCAGAGAUUUCAAAAUUGUGAAUAUGCCAAAACCAAGUUGUUCCAAAUUGAAGGGCAUGGAUGGGGUCUUUUAGCUGAUGAAGAUAUUCAGGCUGGACAAUUCAUUAUUGAAUAUUGUGGAGAGGUUAUCUCAUUGGAAGAAGCCAAGCAUAGAUCACAAAGUUACGAAGCACAAGGUCUUAAGGAUGCAUAUAUAAUUUCUUUAAAUUCUAAUUAUUUCAUUGAUGCUACAAAGAAGGGGAGCCUUGCCAGGUUUAUAAAUCAUUCAUGUCUACCUACUUGCGAGACAAGGAAAUGGACAGUGUUGGGGGAAAUACGAGUGGGGAUGUUUGCAAAGGUAGACAUAUCAUCUGGAACAGAGCUGUCAUACAAUUACAACUUUGAGUGGUAUGGUGGUGCCACUGUUUGCUGUCUGUGUAGGGCUGCUAAUUGUUGUCUAUUUCUGGGUGCAAAAUCUCAGGGUUUUCAGGAAUAUAACCAUGUGUGGGAAGAGGGAGAUGACAGGAGAUUUGAAUGGUUAGCAACAGAACUUUUGUACCUCAGGGCAACUACAAAGUGUCUGCGGCCUUUAGAAAUUCUACUGUCUGAUAUUUGGGAAUUAGUUUCCAGACAAAUUGAAUUUUUAUAUAUAGGAGUUGAGAAGGUUCCACUUCAUGACUCUGCUAAAGAUGAGCCCCUUUCACGCAUCCCUGAAACCAUUAGCCCUUUCAAAUUUGAUUCUUUGGAUGGUCUGGCAACUGAUUACUCUCAGAAAAUGGAAGUUGGCGAUGUGCUUGAAUGGAAGUUGGAUUCCUCUACUACUGUCAUGCCACACAAUUCAGUUCAAGUUGAUGGCAUGACAAUGAAUACCGAGAAAGUAGAAGUCUUGGAGAGCGGAAAAUCAAAGGAACAAGACAUGCAACAGGCCGUUUAUCAGAUGAGAGCAGUCUUAUCUGGACUUCGAAUUGAUAGUGCUUCUCAAAAUUUCGAUGUCGGAUCAGGCUCAUCUUCAAAGAAGAAAUCCGACCGUUUAUCGAAGCGAAAGAAAAGAUCUACUGGGGGAAAGCAAUCCAAUACAAAAAAUAUUGCUGAUCUGUUUCAAUCAAAGGAAGCGCAAGAAGAUGUUGGAUCAAAUUCGUCUUCAAAGAAGAAAUCAGAGCGUUUACCGAAGCAAAAGAAAAGAUCUACUGGGGGAAAGCAAUCCAAUACAAAAAAUAUUGCUGAUUUGUUUCCAUCAAAGGAAGCACAGAAAGAAGUGCGCAAAUAUGAGAAAAUUAAGAACCAAGCUGCUGCCAAUCUCAAAUCCGUAUAUGAUGAAAUACGUCCUGCCAUCAAAACGCAUGGGAGGGACAGCCAGGACAGUAUUCCUUCUAGUGUGGAAACUAAGUGGGUUGGAGCGCACUGCGCAAAAUAUAAAGCUGAUCUCAACUUUAGUGUUUCUGUCAUAAAGAACUUUCUCGAUAUUGCUCAUAAGGGUGGUAGUGGAUCAAAGGCUUCAGGAAGUGGACUCUCUCUGAAAGAAUGAAGUGUUGUUGUGCUGGCGCUAAAGAAUGCAUUGGAAACAUAUCUAAAUUUAUUUAAAAAAAAAGUGGGGACCAUUUGGGAUUUGAAUUCUGUAAUAUUUUAAGUAUUUUGAAGUUUGAGGAGUUAUAUCUGUGGAUUUAAAUGAGAAGGUAUUUUGUGAACUUGGUUAUUUAUAGCAUAAGAAUGUUAUAAGUUUA